GGUGACCUGGUGUGUUCAUCUUUCUGAUGCUGUUUAGUUCAGGGUGAGUCUUCAUGUGACACACGGCCUCAGAUUGGGUUUGGAGUGACUCUCAAUUUUGGCCAAAAUCUGAUUAUGAAAAGCUAAGGACGCACUACUGAGAAACCUGAAGUGACCAUUGGGACGCCAUGCGGUCUCAUGAACUUUGACCUCGCGGUCAUAAGAGGAGUUUCCUGCACGUGUGGUCGUCGCUCACACACUCGUGUUCGUGGGUUUGAUCGCAGGAGUGACGAGAGACGCGCCGCUUCUUCACUUCAGCAGAUCGAGCUCGUGUCGCUCUUGCACUCGUUCCUCUCGCUGACUGAGAUUCGGCUUGAUGAUAUCAUACGUCACAUGACCUCGGCUCGGGGAACAGUGAACAUCUGUCCAGUGGUGUUUAGAGCGGCGUGAUGGCGGAGGAGAGAUGUCCGCAGCUGGUGGAUUAUUUCGUGGUGGCGGGUCUGGCGGGCGACUCGUCGCCGCGGGUGGAGGAGGCUCAUCAGAGGGGCGUCCGCGCUCUGCAGCCCGUCACGGAUCUCGCCGUGAUCGCCCGCGGCCUGGGAGAGGACGUCCCCGAGGGCUUCACGUGCAUCGAGAAAACACAAGCAGGCCAUCCGGCGGAGCUGAGCGCGGGACUGAUGAACAACACACACAUGUUCCUGUGCUACCGGAGAGGACACGACAAGCCUCCCAUCGUAGAGCUCGGUGUUCUGUACGAGGGCAAGGACCCGCUGCGCCAGGGAUGGCAUCUGAUCGAGACGACCCCGUACAGCCGGUCGGCCAGCCUGAGCUCCAGCGGCCCCGGGACUCACAGAACCUUCCUGAUGUACCGCCGGGCCCCGGACUCUCAGGCGCUGAACACACUCGGCGUGACCGAGAUCUCGCUGCUGAUGCCCAGCAAGGGCGAGACGGCACCGCACACGUACUGCCGAGUCGACAAGAACCUCAACACGGGCAUGUGGGGUCCUGCGCUGUAUCUUUGCUACAAGCGUUCUGUGUCUAAAGCAAACGCUCUGGUGUACGAAGCAGGUCUGAUCAGCCGGUAUCCCGAGGAGGAUCUGGAGUCGUUCCCUCUGCCGGACUCGGUGCCGGUGUUCUGUCUCCCGAUGGGCGUGUCGGUGGAGAGCUGGCCACUCAACACCAAAUACCAGCUGCCCGUCUUCUCCACCUUCGUCCUCACCAGCGCCUCCGGGGACAAGGUUUACGGAGCAGCGAUCCAGUUCUACGAGACGUUCCCGCGCGAGUCUCUGUCGGAGCGGCAGUGUGUGUGUCUGGGUCUGCUGAGUGUGGUGGACCGGCGGCCCGUCACCAACCGCAGCGUUCAGGUCAAGAAGAGCAUCUGCGUCCUCUCGCACUGGCCCUUCUUCAGCGUCUUCCAGAAGUUCCUGACCUUCAUCUACAGAUACUCCAUCUCGGGGCCGCACGUGCUGCCGCUGGAGAAGCACAUUUCCAGCUUCAUGCACAACGUCCCGUUCCCGUCGGCCCAGCGUCCCCGUAUCCUGGUGCAGCUGUCUCCGUAUGAUAACCUCCUGCUCUGUCAGCCGGUUUCAUCUCCGCUGCCGCUCAGUGGGGCCAGUUUCGUGAAGCUGCUGCAGAAUCUGGGCCCUGAGAACGCCUGUACCCUUCUGCUGGCCGUCCUGACCGAACACAAGCUGCUCCUGCACUCGCUGAGACCCGAUGUCCUGACCUCCGUCAGCGAGGCGCUGGUGUCGGUGUCGUUCCCCCUGCGCUGGUUCUGCCCGUAUAUCCCGCUGUGCCCGCUGAGGAUGGCGGAUGUGCUCUGUGCCCCCAUGCCCUUCAUCGUGGGCGUCCACUCCAGCUACUUCGACCUCUACGACCCCCCGUCUGACGUGGUGUGUGUGGACCUCGACACCAACACCAUCUUCCAGUCUGAGGAUAAGAAGCCUCUGUCCUGGCGCUCUUUGCCCAGGAAACAUGGGAAAAUCCUCCUGAACUCUCUGACCAACCUGAACAAAACUCUGGAGAAGAUCUACACGCCGGGGCAGGAGGAGGCCACGCUGGAGUUCCUGCUCACGGAUUACGAUCUGAUCUACGGGCGUCAGAAGCAGCUGGAGCUGGAGAUCCAGGAGGCGUUCCUGCGCUUCAUGAGCUCCUUACUGAGAGGCUACCGCUCCUUCCUGCUGCCCAUCACACAGGCGCCGUCAGACCGCACCACAGACUGCAGCUCCCUCUUCAACCUGCAGGGUUUCCUGAAGUCUCGCGAUCGCACGCAGCAGAAGUUCUACGCUCAGCUCACGAGGACGCAGAUGUUCACGCAGUUCAUCGAGGAGUGUUCGUUCGUCAGCGACCGCCACGUCAGCCUGGAGUUCUUCGACGAGUGUGUGCAGAAGGUUGAUGUGGAGAAACCGGAGGACGUGUGUUUGAUGGAUCGGGACGAGUGUCUCAGCGGGGAACACACAGUCUUUAUAAUGCCUCCCGAGGAGCCGCAGGAGCCUGACGGAUCCGAGUGUCCCGCUCGCUACAGCUACGACACGUUCCCGAUCCUCCAGCCGGACCUGUUCGACCGGCCCCUGGAUCAUCUCCGGACCCCUGCUAAAGGAAGUGCCCCGGAUAGCCCCGCCCCCCGCCGAACCAAACAGGAGAUCAAGCUGGCGCAGAAGAAGGCCCAGAAGUACUCCACGGUUCCGGACAUGUGGUCCAAGUGCCUGCUGGGCCACUGCUACGGGCUCUGGUUCAUCUGCCUGCCCACCUUCGUGAAGGCGGAGAGCGCUAAGGUGCGCGCGCUACACGCGGCCUACGAGGUGCUCAAGCACAUGGAGACCAGGAAGGUGGUGCUGCCAGACGAGGUGUGUUACCGGAUCCUGAUGCAGUUGUGUGGUCAGUACGGGCAGCCGGUUCUAGCGGUGCGGGUUCUGCUGGAGAUGAAGAAGGCUGGAGUCACACCCAACACCAUCACUUACGGAUACUACAAUAAGGCGGUGCUAGAGAGCAAGUGGCCAUCCACCAAUCAGGGAGGGCGUCUUCGCUGGGCGAAGCUUCGUAACGUGGUAUUGGCUGUGGCUCAGUUCAGGCAGCCAAUAAAACAGCAGCAUCGGAGCGCGUCUCUCGGUUCCCGCGCAGAAGUGCUGUCCAAGCCCCGCCCCUACUCGGCUCUGAUUCGCCAGUCCAGCUGGAGCGGGUUGAGUGACAGCUCCAGCCACGAGUCGCUGACGAAGAGCAACAGUCUGAGCAGCGUCCAGGCGUCAGGAGCCAAGCUGAAGCUGUUGAUGAAAGCAGAAGCGGAUCCCGCGGCGGCGUCCCGUAAGCCUCCCUCCGGCCCGGCUCCGGCGCUGGUGCGGCGCAGUGACGUGUGCCUGUCCACCUUCCACAGAGACUGUGCGGAGAACACGGAUGAAGACUUCAGGUGUGAGCCGGCCGAGAGGGACAGCAGGUCAGCAGAAGUGAGGGAGACUCUGAACCGGAAGCCGGUGGACGAGAACUAUAACCACGUGUCGUGUUCUCCCCAGCGCGGGCUAGCGGUGCGACUGCAGCAGCUUCUGACGCCCUCCAGGAGCCGCUCGGUGCGGCGGGCCGCGAGUGUGGACGAGCGGCGGCCCCGAGGAGACGGGAGCUCACACACACACACCGCGAGUGUGGACGAGCGACGGCCCGCGGGAAGCGGAGGCUCAAACCGCAAACACUCACGCAAGAUCCAGAUCCCAGAGAGCCUGUUAAAGGCCAAAGAGAAGCUGUAUAACGCCACGUCUGAGAGCUCGCUGUCUGUCGGGAGUGACAUCGACAUGAUUGACAUCCAAACGCUGGCGGUUCCUCUCAGGAAGUCGUGGGAUUCUGCACAGGAAGGGGCGGGGAUUGAGGUGCUGAUGUCGAGCUGCUCGCUGUGCCGCUGCUGUAACUCUCUGGUGUACGAUGAGGAGAUCAUGGCCGGCUGGACGUCUGACGACUCCAAUCUCAACACCUCGUGCCCGUUCUGCUCCGCGCCGUUCGUCCCGCUGCUGAACGCUCAGAUCUGUGACCCGGGGCCCGUCUGCAGUGCGGAGCGCAGUCACCUGAGCGCGGAGGACGAGCUGCAGAACCUCAUGAGGCCCCCUGCUGGCCAGAGCGACACACACCUGUGCAACGGCCUCCGAGACACAGACUCCGCCUCCGAGACCAGCAGCCAAUCAGAGGGCAGCAGCAGCCAGGGGGGCGGGGCCCCGCAGGUGACGGUGGCGUACCUGAGCCCGCUCGUCCUGCGCAAGGAGAUGGAGAGUCUGCUGGAGAACGAGGGCGAGGCUGUUCUCUCUCAGGUCCAGUUCCUGGACAGCCACUCCAUCCUCUUCUGGAACCUGGUGUGGUACUUCAUGAGGCUCGGCCUUCCCAGCAACCUGACCCAGCUGAUCACGCGACACACACAGGGGUCAGAGGGCGUGUCGGUGCGGGUCAGGCUGAUGUGGGACACUUUGACCCCUGACAUGGAGCAAUGGCCGCCGCUCUACAUGCUCUGGAGGAUCCACAGUGGCGCCCCGAUGCGCAGCUACAACUGGCGGCAUCACAACCAUCCCUUCAGCCUCAACUUCCUGGAGGAAGUCCUUCGGUGGGUCGGCAUGAACGAGGUGCACAAGGCCAUCACACUCUUCCUGGAGACGGUUGCUAAGCAACCCGGCCCGCCCCGGUUACAGAGGAGUCUGUACAGAGAGAUGCUCUUCCUCACACUGGCUGCCAUGGGCAAAGAUCACGUCGCUGCGUUCGAUAAGCGCUACAAGGCGGCGUACGUGCGCUUGAGUGGAUCUGUGGGCCGAGAGGAGCUGCGGAAGAAGAGAGUUCAGCCGCCCAGUGCUAAAGCGGUGGACUGUAGACGCUGCUUCCUGCUGCCGCUGGAGUGCUGAAACACACACACACAUGAUCACACACUCACUCACACACACACACACACACGCAGACACACUCCACUCCGUCUCGUCAUGUCUUGCUGUCUGCCUUCUCACACACACACACACACACACACUCCAACUGCUUCACUGAAGAUGCCCACGUUGCAUUAUGGGAAUGUGCAACUCUUCCUUCAGAAACUGCUUCCGUAUCCCAUGAUGCUGAGCAAACGGACUUCCCUCACACACACACACACACUUCUCGUUUCUGCCACUUGAACAUAAUUAUGACUGUCGAAGUAAUGAGGUGAAAGUUUGAGGUGAAGACGUCGGUGUCAGCUGUGAGGAAGGUCAGGGACGACUCCGGCUCGAGGAGAACGACACCAGCGCCGGGUCAUCUUCAGUUCUGAAUAACAGAGGGCAUCAUGGGAGUCUGUUUAGACCAGCUUUGAGUUUGUGUUCAUGUCAGAUGUUUCCCGACCAUCUUCAUCAUCAUCAUCUGGACAGUUAUGUAGUGAACUAGUCAUGUGACCACAGUGUCAUGUGAUCAUGCUUUUAUCCAGUCGUUUCAAAGGGUUUCAUGUGAUGAUGCGUUUCCUUCAAAAGACCCUCUUGAUCAAGAUUUUACCAGUGAGACGCUAUUAAACACACACACACACACACACACACACACCCGAACUCUGGUCAUCUGAGGGGAACUUGUGUCUGAAACCACGGCCCUCAAAUGUCAUGUGACCCUCACGGCCCUCAAACGCCACAGAGGCUCCAUCAUCAAAGCCAUCGUCGGACGAGAGCGAGUGAAUGAUGACGCGACAAUGAUGUCAUUGAAUCUAAACAUCAUGACUGAAGUUUUCUUCUUUCUGAAACACUGAGAAUGUGAACAUCAGUUCCUCAUGAGCAACACGUGCAGUGAUCUACAGUCACUAACGCAUGAUUAUAUAAGAUUACAGCUGAUCUUAUGAAGAAACACUGUUAGUUAUUUGAUGCAUUAACCAGCGUGAAUAUUAGGAAAACAUUAACGUUUAUUUCUAAAUAGGAGUACAUUAUUACAAUAAACAGAACAUAGAUCCAUUCAGGCCUGUACAUCACACAGUAAAUUGAUUGAUAAUUUACAGUUGACACAUUGUUAUUGUCGUGUAGGUCAUUCUUUGGUGGUAGAUGUGCUGGAUUUGAUGACCGUUGUGGAAUAAAUGUUGCACUAGCCUCAUUUGGUAAUGCACUAAGUAACUAUGAGCUGUCAAUCAGAAGUCUCCAGCGUUUAAUAAUCCGGCGUAUACACAUCUGCGCGGUUCGCUCGUGUUCACUGAUGUUCACAUGCGGAGAUGAUGAUGGUGUUGAUGUUCUCAUCUCCUCCUGAUAGACUGACGCUUGUGAUCCGGGUUCCAGCGACUCGUGUGUGUGUGUGUGUGUGUGUGUGUUUGAGGAAACUGUAGGAUUUACGCCACAUCAGUUUUACCUUGGUCUGUGAGUAGCGUGACUCCGAGUGAGUGUGACCCCAAAUGUGAACGUGAGUGUGUGUGACCCUGAGUGAGUAUGACCCUAAAUGAGCGUGACCCUGAGUGAGUAUGACCCUGUGUAUGUGACCCCAAGUGAGUUUGACCCUAAUUUGUGUGACCCCGAGUGAGUGUGACCUCAAGUGUGACCCCGAGUGAGUAUGACCCUAAAUGAGUGUGAACCUGAGUGUGUAUGACCCAGAGUGUGUGUGUGUGACCCCAAGUGAGUAUGACCCUAAAUGAGCAUGACCCUGAGUGUGUGUGACCCAGAGUGCGUAUGACCCUAAAUGAGCGUGACCCUGAGUGUGUAUGACCCCGAGUUUGUGUGACCCCAAGUGAGAGUGACCCUGAGUAUGUGACCCCAAGUGAGUUUUACCCCUAAUUUGUGUGACCCUGAGUGAGUGACCCCGAGUGUGACCCUGAGUGAGUGUGUGACCUGGCUGGAACUGUUUAAUGGCGUUACAGGAAAUGAUGUCGUUUCUGCUCUCGUUCGUUCUCUGCAAUAACCAGCGGAUUCACAGGACGCUUCUUUAUAACCUUUAACCCCAAAAGAGAGAUUAUAGAGCUAUAUUUAAGUUUUCAUGUGUUUGCUGUGGUAAUUUAUAUUGAUGUGACCUUUGUUGUGAAUGUUGUUUUGUUUUUUUAAGAAAAGAGUUUUAAAAACCUCC